AUGAGUGCUAAUAAUUCUGCCACUGAAGAUUCUUGUACACAUGAAAUUCAGUUGCAUGGAUUGUGUGCUCUUUGUGGUAAAGAUGUUGUGGCAUUGGAAUCAUCUGAAAUUAAUUAUAGAGAAAGAGCUACUAUCAGCAUGGCUCACAAUAUUAUGGGAUUGACAGUGAGUCAUACAGAGGCUGAAAGAUUAGAAGAAGAAACAUCACAAAGAUUAUUAAAAGAAAAGAAACUUUCUUUAAUAGUUGAUUUAGAUCAAACUCUCAUUCAUGCUACUGUUGAUUCUACAGUGGAAGAAUGGUUUAAAGAUGAAAAUAACAAAAAUAAUCCUGUUAUCAAAGAUAUUCACAAAUUCGUUCUUCCAGAUAGUCCAACUGUUUAUUAUAUUAAAUUAAGGCCUGGUAUUCAAGAAUUUCUUAAAGAAAUUUCUGUAUAUUAUGAACCACAUAUAUACACCAUGGGUACACGUAAUUACGCUUCUGCUGUAGCGAAUGUUAUAGAUCCUGACAAUGAAAUCUUUAAUGAACGCAUAUUGUCACGUGAUGAAAGUGGAAGCAUCACACAAAAAAAUAUUAGAAGGCUUUUUCCUUGUAAUGAUUAUAUGGUUGUAGUUAUAGAUGAUAGAGCUGAUGUAUGGGGUUGGUCACCUAAUUUAAUUAAGGUUCAACCUUAUGAUUUUUUUGUGGGUAUUGGUGAUAUAAACGAUACAUAUUUACCAAAACAGACAGGGUCAAAUCUAGUUUCCGAUUUAACAAGUGUUUCUACUAAUAUUGAUAUGAAGGAAGUUGUUUAUCCUGAUACAACAGAAUCAAAAAAAUCAAUGGAACAAACAGAGCAAACAGAAUCAAUAGAAAAAAUGGAACAAACAGGAUCAAUUGAUAUGUCAAUAGACAACUCAAAUAUAGCCAAAGAAACCAUUGAAAUAUCCAAGGAUAGUAAAGAACAACAGUCAGAAACAAACAAAUCUCUUGAUUUAAUAGAAAAGGAAACUGUCAAAACAGAUAAAGUAGAUUUUGAUGAUAUGACCAUUUCCAAUAAAAUUGAAAAACAAUCUGAAACAAAUAAUACUAAUAACGGAUUUAAUAUUGUUGAAAUAAAUCCUUCAAACAAGAAAAAAAGGACAUUUGAAGAAAUAGCUGACGAUAUUGAAGUGUCAGAUGAAAAGUCACUUAAAAGACAACAAAAAGAAUUAUCAUCCAAUAAUAUUGACACUGAAAUACUGGAACAAACAUCACCUUUACAUAAUGCAAAUAAUCAAUUUAUUAAUAGAAAGCUGAUACUUGUACUGAAAAAUAUUCACCAAGAAUUCUAUGAUGAAUAUGAUAUAAUAUCAAAUGAGUUAAACGAAAGGAUUGAUGAUGAAAUAGAUCGUCCAGAUGUAACACUUUUAAUGCCACAAAUGAAAUCAAAGGUUCUUAAAGGUGUCAAUAUUUUGUUUACUCAUGUUAUUCCAACAAAUCAAAAAAAAGACAGUACAGAAAUUUGGUUAUUAGCAAAUGAGUUCGGUGCAGAGUGUUCAGAGUAUUGGAAUAAAAAUGUAACACAUCUCGUUGCUGGUGAUGGCACUGAAAAAGUAAAACAAGCAAAAAAAUAUGGAUCUAUCCAUAUAGUAAGAAAAGAAUGGCUUUAUGAUUCUAUAAGAACUUGGGAAAGACAGCCCGAGGAAAACUAUGCUUUAGAAAUAACUUCACCUAGAGAACAGGAUGAUUCAGCAUAA